AUGUCUAAACUUGGUUUUGCCAAUCUAACAAGUUUAUUAUUUAGUUUUUUGACCAUAUCGAAUAUAAUUUAUAAUAAACAAAGUUUUUAUGAUCAAUUAAGUGCAAGAAAUAAUUGGAAUGCAUAUUAUGAUUAUAUAAUUGUUGGUGGUGGUACAAGUGGUAUUGUAUUGGCAACACGUUUAAGUGAAGAUCCAGAUAUAACUGUAUUGUUGAUUGAAGCUGGUGGUAGUGAAACAGUAACAUCAAACACUCCUGGCCUAAGUGAAACAUUAAUCGGUACAGUAAUGGAUUGGAAAUUUUUAACAACCGAACAAAAUUAUUCAUGUGGUGCAAUGAAUCAACGAAAAUGUCAUCUGGCAUCAGGUCGUUUAUUAGGUGGUACAUCAUCAAUUAAUCGUAUGUAUUAUCUACGUGGUAAUCCAAAUGAUUAUGAUAUUUGGCAAACAAAAUUUGGACUAAAAUCCUGGACAUGGAAAGAUGUAUUACCAUAUAUGAUACGUAAUGAAAAUCAACAAGAUUUGAAUCGAUUAAAAUCAGGUAUAUAUGGUCAAAAUGGUCCUGUUUAUUUGCAAUCAUUAUCAUCAUCAUCAUCGAAAUCAUCAACUUCGACAAAUGAUCAAUCAAUCGAUGAUCAUUCAUCGGUGGAUCGAAUUCUUCAAACAUUUCUUCAUGCAUCACGCGAAUCUGGUUAUCGUAUUAUUGAUCUAAAUCAAGGUAUUUCAAACGGUUCAUCCUUGCUACAAUCAACAAUCAAACAAGGACGACGACAAUCAAUAUCGACAGCAUUUUUAGAACCAAUUCUAAAACAAAGAAUAAAUCUUCAUGUCCUAGCUAAUUCAAUGGUAACAAAAAUUUUAUUUGAAAAUGAUCGUGCAAUUGGUGUACGUUUUCAACGUGAUUGGCAACAAUAUAGUGUAUUUGCUCGGCAAGAAGUUAUCAUUAGUGCCGGUACAUUACAAUCACCAAAAUUAUUAAUGUUAUCCGGUAUUGGACCACGUACGGAAUUGAAUCGUCAUCAAAUACCGUUGAAAAUUGAUUUACCUGGUGUUGGUGAAAAUCUUCAUGAUCAUGUUGGUUCAUUAGGAAUGUAUUUUAUUGUUGAUAGUAUACCGGAACCAGGUAUUACUAAACAACAUUUAAAACAAUAUUUUUAUUAUGGUAAAGGACCAUUAGCACGAUCAUCAUAUGCAGCAACAAUAUUUCGUAGCCGGACAAAAUCAUUUAAUAAUAAUGACCAUAAUCAUUAUCAUCAACAAUCAUCAUCACCUGAUUCAAUGUUAUUAACAUGGAUAAAUGGCUUAACAAAUCGUGAAAUAUCACCCGAAUUAAGUGAACAACAAUUAAAUUUAAAACGUUCUGCAUGGCAACAAUAUUAUGGUGAAAAAUUAAAAACAACACAAGGUAAAUUACAAUUUACAAUAUUACCAAUUGUAUUGAAACCAAAAAGUCGUGGAACAAUUCGUUUAAAAUCAUCAAAUAUAUUUGAUUCACCAUUAAUUGAUCCAAAAUAUCUGGAACAUCCGGAUGAUUUAAGACAAUUAACCGAUGCAAUGCAUGAAACAUUACGUUUAAUACGUACAAAAUCAUUUCGUCGUUUACGUACAAAAUGGUAUCAAUCAGUUAUACCUGGUUGUGAAUAUGAAUAUCAAAAAUUUCAAUCAGAAUUUGCUGAAACAAUAUUGACUGAUAAUAAUGAUAAUAACAAUGGUGAUGAAACAAUCGAUUCUUUAUCGAACGAUACUAUCGAAUUGAUCGAAGAACAACCGAAUAAUAUUUUCAAUACUAAUGCUCAUUCGAAUCAUCAACAACAACCGCAAUCGCAAUCGGAAACAACAACGGCAAAAAUUUUGCAUCAAUCACAAAACGCAAAUGGCCAAAAUUUACCAUUCUAUUUUGUAUCAUCAUUUAUGAAUAAAUUAUUUCGUAAAUCACCAACAUCAUUGAUACGAAGACGAUUGGAAAAUUUUCGAUCAUCAUCAUCAUCAUCGAAUGAUUUGAAUAAUCGUCGUCAUCAUUAUCAUCGAUUAUGGCGACGUUCAACAAAUUCAUCAUCAUCAUCAUAUUAUUAUGAUCAAUAUUGGAUUUUAGAACCGGAACAAUUUAAAAAUCAUCCAUUAAUGAAUAAAACAUUAUAUGGUGGUAUUGAUGGCAGUAGUUUGAUUGACGGUUUUUCAUCUUCUUCGAAUCAAAGUCCGGAUAUCGGAAUAACCGUAUGGAAUAGUCAUAGACAACAAUCGACAAGACCUAAACCAUCACAACAACAACAAACUAUAACAGAAUCAACAACAAAAACUUUAUUAUCACCACAAUUACCUGUUAAUGUUGAACCAAUUGUUUUGACUGGUUAUUUUGAUUCACCGCCGAAAAUUUCUUCUUAUUAUUCGUCAACCGAAUUACCAACAACAACAACAACAACAACGACAAGGACAACAACAAAGCGAUAUCAAUCAUAUCAUUUUUCAACAACAAAACCACCAUUACCAAAUCGUCGAUUCAAUAAUAAUAAUAAUAAUCAAUCGCAACAACAACAACAGCAAACAGUUUCAAAUAAAAAAUCAAAUGCAUUGGAUCAAUAUUUACGAUGUAUAGCCCGUCAGAUGACAAUGCCAAUUGGUGAUUAUGUUGGUACAUGUCGUAUGGGUACAAAAAAUGAUCAUCAUAAUGGUGGUGCUGUUGUUGAUGAACGUUUUCGUGUUAUUGGUAUACGUUCAUUACGUAUUAUUGAUAAUUCGGUUAUACCGGAAAUAACAACUGGUAGUAUGGGUUCGGUUGCUAUUAUGCUAGGUGAACGUGGUGCUGAAUUUAUUCUUGAAGAUCGAAAAAAAUUGAUGAAAAAAAAUUAAAAAAACAAAAAUGAAUUUACAUUCAAAAUACUUAUCUAAAAAAUCUUUUUUUUCAGGGGGAAGGUUAGGGAAAUUUUCCUGCUUUUUUUUUGGAUUAUCUGAAAUAAACAAACAAAAUGUAUUAUUUUUUAAAAAA